AUGGGUAGCGAUCUUAUGAAAGUUUUAAAGCAUAAAUUGCCUAAAUGGUUUACUUUAUCAUUUUCAGAUAAAGAUUUAGCAAGUUUUCCGAAGUUAUUCUAUCUUGAUGACUAUAAACGUUGCCUCGCUAAGGAUAAUGGACUAUACUGUCUCGGCAGCUUCGACCUCGCCCCGGCAUCGAACCCACACCCCACUUACGACUUGAUGAAGGCCUUCUCGGACGAGUCGUAUCGACAUUUCAAUCGUACUCGGAUACAUAGAGGCUACUGCGUUAGCGAACGAUGUCCGACAUCCAACAAUCAUGCUUCGUCCCACUUGAGAAUAAAUAUUUCGUCCCAAACCACUUCACAACGCUUCGAACAAUGCGUCAAUCGCUACGCACAACGAAGUUCACUACGCGCUUCGCUACGAGAACUGCAUUAUUGUCGUAGUCACUCUGACGCUACGACUGAACAAUCUCCAACGACCGCAGAUCUUACGUUUACUAGAGUUGUGUAUGCCAUCAUAAUCCUUAAUAUUAUAUCGACAAUUUAUGAUGUGUACACAGAAGAUGGACCCAACAAAAGCAAAUUAUUAACAACAUUUUCUAUACCAGAAAAUUACCGACGGCUUACAGUAUUCAGAGAGAGUAGCGACCCUAGGCUGUCUAUAUUGACACCUAUGCAAGGAAUCAGAAUCAUGUCGCUGGGUUUCACAACAUACGCACACGCCAGCGUCUUGCACUUUUCGUUCUACAUAAAUAAUCCCGAGUACCUGGAGGAGUUGACACAAAGAGUUGACGGUAUCUACUUGUCAAGCGGGACCUCAUUGACACAGAGCUUCGUCAUGAUUUCCUGUUUCCUGACCGGCUACAACCUCCUGUUGUUCUCCGAGAAACAAGAUCUCAAUAUGAGUCUACUUCCAAUGUGUAUUAUCAAACGCGUUAUCAGAAUUAGUCCAGUCCACAUGCUUGUGGUAGGAUACGCAGCGACGUGGUGGAUGCAAUCCCGUGACGGACCUUUCGUACCCACCACAAUAGGUCUGGACAGCGAAGCCUGCAGGGCCAGGUUUUGGUCACAUUUCUUCUACAUUAAUAACAUAGUGGACCCUAAAGACUACUGCCUUUGUCCCACGUGGUUUUUGCCAGUAGAUAUGCACAUGUAUAUCCUCGCAUGUGCGCUUACACUCCUGCUGUGGCGUCGGCGCAGCUUGGCUGUCAAGAUCUACCUAGUUCUGCUGGUCGCCUCCUGUUUGCUAAUCGCUGUUGUGGUGUACAUCAAUGAUUAUAAAACUCUGACUUUAUUUGCCACACCUGAACAAAUACGCAGAGUAUUCCGGGAUAAUCGGUCGUUCACUGAAUUCUACAUGUCUUCGUGGAGUGCCCUACCAUCUUGCUUCAUGGGAUUGAUUCUGGCUCAUAUCCAGUACGAAAUCAUCAAAGGAAAGAUUAAACUUUCCCAGUACAGAUGGUUCGUGAUCUUGCACUACAUAUCUUUUCCUCUACUUUUCGUAUUCUCGUUGACCGGAUAUUACGCUCGCUCACAAACAUCUUUAGGCUUUAGCAUCGCGUACACUACUCUGGACAGACCUGCCUUUUGCCUUCUCAUGGCUAUCACUUUGCUUGGAUUCUUCAAUGUUGACUCUCCAAUGAAAAGGUUUUAUAGCUGGCCUAUUUGGAGUAUAAUGGCUAAAAUGUCUCUAACGGUUAUGCUCUUACAUUGGUGCGUGGGUAUAACGAUAGGAACCAGAUCCCUUGCGUACAACACAUCGUUAACCGACACAACGGUGGAUUGGGUGGCCACAAACUUAAUAACAAUCUUCGUAGCAGUACCAGUAACGGUUAUGCUGGAAAUUCCAGCACAAAGAUUUUUUGAAAAGUUGUUAUUUACAUAG